GGAACGGUUGCUAGGGCAGCGCGGGUGCGUGAUCUGGAUGACGGGGCUGAGCGGCGCGGGAAAGAGCACGUUGGCGUACACACUCGAGCACGCGCUCAUGGAGCGACGCCGCAUGGCCGUGGUGCUGGACGGAGAUAACAUUCGGCACGGCCUGAAUAAGAACCUCGGAUUCAGCGCUGCGGAUAGAGAGGAGAACAUCCGUCGAGUAGCCGAGGUGGCAAAGCUAUUUGCUGACUCGGGUGUGAUUACAAUCGUCAGCUUCAUCUCGCCCUACAGCAAGGACCGGGCGGCUGCGCAGGCGUUGCUGGACCCAGGGACGUUCAUCGAGGUAUUUAUGAAGAUACCCCUGGCCGUGUGCGAGCACCGGGACCCCAAGGGGCUCUACAAGAAGGCCCGAGCUGGCAUAAUAAAGGGCUUCACGGGCAUAGAUGACCCCUAUGAGGAGCCCACAGCAGCAGAGGUGGUGAUGGAGGUGGCAGGGGAGGGGGAUGCCAUGCAGUCACCGGAAGCCAUGGCUGCUACGCUUAUAGAACACCUGGAGCACCAUGGGUUCUUGCCCUCGUGUGGUGGUGCACGUGGAGCUGAUGCUGCGCAACAUGCUGCUACUAAUGGGGCAGCUUGUAAUGGAGCAUCUAGUAAUGACGUGUAA